AUAGAAUAACCACAUCCAAUCACAGUCAAUUAAUCCAGCGUACGACGAACAUCACUCUUGUAAACACAAACAUGCUGCGAAUAACCGGCGGAACGAUUCUCAAGACGAAAAAAAUACCUAAACUACAAAUUCACAAAUACUCCACCGAAAAUCAGUUACCGAACCAAGCAGAUGUUGUGGUUAUCGGGGGUGGCGUGGCCGGUUGUAGUCUCCUCUACCACUUAUCCAAAAGAGGCGUUAAGGCCGUUUUGCUAGAAACAGCCAAAAUCACAAGUGGCACCACUUGGCACACAAGCGCUCUGUGUUGGAGGCUAAGACCUUGUGAUGUUGAUAUCAAAUUGUUGGAAUCUACCAGGAAACUUCUCAUUGAUUUGGAACAAGAAACGGGACUUAAUACAGGAUGGAUUAAUAAUGGGGGGCUUUUCAUUGCUAAAACAGAGGAACGAAUCCAAGAAUACAAACGUCUUCACACCUUCGGCCACUUUUUCAACAUUGAAAGCCAUAUAAUCUCACCUCAAGAAGCUUCAAAACUCUCACCAAUGCUCGACCCUAACAAGUUCAAAGGAGCCCUUUAUUCACCUGGCGAUGGCUUUACUGACCCUUCCAUGUACAGUGCAGCCCUUAUAAAAGGCGCCACUACAAAAGGGGGGCAAGUAAUCGAAAAUUGUUCAGUUACAAAUAUCCUAACUGACCAAUCAACAAACGUGCGAAAAAUCACAGGCGUGGAAACAUCGAAAGGUACCAUCAAAACUAGCUGUGUUGUGAACGCUGGUGGAGUUUGGUCGAAAAAUAUUGCCGAUCUAGUAGGUCUAGACCUACCAGUGGUACCAAUGAAACAUUCAUACAUCAUCACCGAAAGUAUACCUGAAGUGAAAAACACACCAAAUAUUCGUGACCACGAUGGGUCCAUUUAUCUCCGAAUUCAGGGUGAUAGUGUCUAUCUAGGUGGCUAUGAAAACAACCCGGAAAUAAUCAGAGACAUGCCGUCCGAUUUCCAGUUUAGUUUGUUCGAACUGGAUAAAAGUCUGUUUGAGGUGCAUUUAAAAAGUGCCAUGGAUAUAGCCCCAGUUUUUGGCAAUAUAGGGAUCAAAUCGGAUGUUUGUGGGGCUGAGGCGUUCACACCUGACCAUAAACCUAUCAUGGGUGAGGAUCCCAGGCUUGCAGGUUAUUUCUACUCGUGUGGGUACAAUUCGUUGGGUAUAAACUUGAGUGGUGGCUGUGCCGAACAGUUGGCCAUAUGGAUAACGAAAGGUCGGCCCGAAGAACCAUUAUUUGCGUAUGAUAUAAGGAGAUUUACGCCCAACCAACGAUCGGAUCGGGCUUGGGUUACCGAAACUAGUCAAGAAUGCUAUGCGAAAAAUUAUAGUAUUGUUUUUCCACAUGAUCAACCUUUAGCUGGACGAAAUCAUAAAAUUGGACCGUUUCAUGAGGCUUUAGUCGCCGGCGGUGCUGUAAUGGAGCAGGCCCAAGGCUGGGAACGUCCAGGUUACUUCGUCAAAGACAGGACAGCCCCCGUGCGGGGCUACGACUGGUACGGCUAUUACGACCACGUCGACAAUCCCGACAAAAGAUACGAGCAAGAACUGGAGGGCGAUUACACUUUCGGCUUCUCCAAACAUCACGAUUUGAUUGGGGAGGAAGCCAAUGCUGCUCGAAACAACGUUGCACUUUUCGACCUCUCCUACUUCACCAAAAUGUACUUAACAGGUCCCGAUGCUGAAAAAGCUGCCGAUUGGAUUUUCACAGCUGAUACAGAUAAAGAACCAGGACGUGUUGUUUAUACUUGUUCUUUGAAUAGUAGAGGUGGGGUCGAGGCUGAUGUGACUGUUACAGCAUUGGAGGAAGGUGUCGGAACUCUAGUUGGGCCCAUUUUGAAGGGGAAAGGUUACUAUAUUGUGGCUGGUGGCGCAUCAGGAUACCAAACAGUCUCACACUUCAAGAAAGAACUAGCCAAGAAGAAUUUCAAAGCUGUUAUUAGUGAUAUUACGGAUAAGUUAGGAGUUCUUUCAAUUCAGGGACCCAAAAGUCGGGAACUUUUACAAUCAAUUACUGAAACACCAAUCACUGAUGAGAAAUUCCCACCUGGGAUGUCGCACCUUAUUAAAGUCAAUGGUCACGUGUGCCGUGCCAUGAGGGUUAGUUUUAUUGGAGAAUUGGGAUAUGAAUUGCACGUUCCUGUGGCAUCGUGUGUUGCCGUUUUUAACAAAGUUGUGGAUGCUGGACGAGGGUUUGACUUGAGACAUGCCGGUUUCCGCGCGUUGUAUUCUCUGAGUCUUGAGAAAGGUUACCACUUGUGGAAUCACGACCUGCGAAUUGAUGAUAAUCCCGUUGAAGCGAAUUUGCAAGGGAUUUGUCGGAAGGAUGGACAAUACCUAGGUAAACAACAUGUAGAGAAAUUGAAGGAAGAAGGGGUGAAGAAACGUAGAGUUUUCUUCACAUUGGAGGAUCAAGUCGCUCUUUAUGGCUUGGAGACCAUUUGGAGGGACGAUACCAUUGUGGGGUAUUUGAGAAGAGGGGAUUAUGGAUUUAACCUCGAUUGUAGUAUUGGCACUGGAUAUAUUGAACAUCCCAAGGGAAAAAUUGUGACGGAUGAAUUCCUCAAAAGUGGAAAUUAUCAGAUUGAAGUUUUGGAUAAAAGGUAUCCAGCGACUGUGUUUUUGAAGAGUCCCUUCGAUCCGAAAAAUCAGAGGCUGUUAGGACAGUACGACCAACAGUUUGAGGAACAGUCGCAUUUUGAGGAUUAAUAUUGUUGUUGUUUUAUAAUUUUUAAUUGUAAUAAAAAAUAAAAACCA